AUGCCUGAUGGGAGCAGGCUCAUGAUGGCCACAUUGUCCGUUUACCGAAGCUAUAUUCGCCAACUCGCUCAACUAAACCAUCACCCAACUGGGAUGCAUAAGAGCAUCUUUGAUCUAUGCCGCAAGGCCAAAAAGGAGCAGAGAGAGCUUAGCAUCCCCGAAUGCAAAGCAGCGCUGUCCGAGAUUCUCAAGUCCUAUCCACGAACUACCUUGGUACUCGAUGCUCUUGACGAAUGCGAAGUAGAUGCUCGGAAAGAAAUUAUUCUUGUUCUGCGCAGUCUUGUUACGGAUGCCGAGCGCCCAGUCAAGGUAUAUAUCGCAAGUCGCAGAGAACCCGACAUUGAAAGAAAUCUGGGUUCUGAAAAUUUGAUCGAAAUUGGCACCUCCAAUAACAAGUAUGAUAUCGAAAAGUACAUUGAACAAGAGAUAACUCAGUUUGGUGAAGAAUGA